AUGUCCCUCUAUAAACGAACAGAGGUGGUCGGCAGAGGCAAGUUUGGUGUCGUCUACAAGGGUUACAACAAGCAGACCAAGCAAGUGGUAGCCAUCAAGGUGUUGAACCUCGACACCGAAGAAGACGAGGUGGCCGAUGUCCAGCUGGAAAUCCAGUUCCUUGCCGAGUUGAAGAACGUGCCCAACGUCACCCACUACUACGGGUCGUUCUUGAACGACACCAAACUCUGGAUCAUCAUGGACUACUGUGCCGGAGGCUCAUUGCGGACCCUCCUCAAGGCUGGUGUCUUCGAGGAGAAGUACAUUGGAGUCAUCCUCCGCGAGGUUUUGUACGCCUUGAGCGCCGUCCACAAGUUGGGGGUGAUCCAUCGAGACAUCAAGGCUGCCAACGUAUUGAUUACAAAGGAGGGAAACGUCGAGUUGUGUGAUUUCGGCGUGGCAGCCAAAAUCACCUCCAGCGCCUUGAAAAGAACAACCAUGGCAGGAACCCCGUACUGGAUGGCCCCAGAAGUCAUCCGUGAAGGCGAUGCCUACAACAGCAAAGCGGAUAUCUGGUCAUUGGGAAUUACAUUGUACGAAAUAGCCACUGGAAACCCGCCUUAUUGCGAUAAGGACGCCAUGUGGGCCAUGCAGUUGAUCUCCAAGUCAACACCACCAAGACUAGAGGGAAGAGAAUACUCCGCUGCAUUGAAGGAGUGUAUUGCAUUAUGUUUGGACGAAAAUCCCGAAGAAAGACUCUCGGCAGACGAAUUAAUGAAGUGUAAAUUAGUCAGGUUUUACAAGAACUACCCUAAGCCAAUAUUAAAGGAGGUUAUUUCCAGAUACUUGUUGUGGAGAGAUCACAAUUCCUCUCGAGACUCGGUAUUUGUCAGCUUGGAGGAUGGAAUUCCUGAGAACGAAGACGACCACAAGGCCAACCAGAUCGAAAAUGCCAUCCAUGGAAGCCUGGACCAUUUGCCAGGAGAUAGCACCACCACGAAUCAAAUCCAGGUCAAAUGGGACUUCGACUCACUCAGCAGUAAAGAAUAUAUCAUAGAGAACGACAUUGACUUGGAGAAAGUGGAUGACACUUACUACAACGAAGAUUCGGUUCAAGAUUCCUAUCCAACGUUGCCAACGUUACAAUUGGGUCACAACACCUAUGGUACCAGUGGAAACACUUCCACCUUGAAUCCCUACUCUUCGACCUUAAACAGAACGGCAAACAUCUCCAAUUCUACCAUGACAAGACCUUCGGUCCCCUCCAAUGAAAUCCCUAAGUCAUUGCAGAUGUUGUUUGAAGAUGAAGCAGAAACUUCACCACCAUCUAACGGUGGACUCUAUGAAAUUCCCAAAGCAAUAUCUGCAUAUGAAGAACGUACUGACUCGCCCACCAUCGAAAUCCCAGAUAUGGACAACCUAGCCAAUUUCAAUUCUACGUCAUCUACUGCACUUAAUAGUGCACAUCCUCCACUUAAUAAGCCACCUACAUUAUAUCAUUCACAAUCAGCAUCAGGGAAAUUAGAAUCUAGGUUUGGUUCUACGUCCACAAGUAAUAGACCCAGAAAGAAGACCAUAUCCAACUCUCUUAGCAGCACUGGCGGCAAUUCAAACACACUCAAUACGAUACCCGCUGGUGAACUGCAAGGUCAAAAUCAGCUGCAACUGGUACAAACACAGGGUACUACUCCUCACACACCCCCAUAUUCUGUUCAUAGUAAUUUGAAGACUCCAUCGCCAAAGCCUCCUCAAACUUCGGCUCUAUUAAGUUCCGCAGGACUUGCAAAUGCUACCGGCUCUCCCUCAAAGUCUAUGAAAGCAUUACAGAACAAUGCAAAUCCCUUAUUACAACCGAUCAAUUUCAAAUUGAAUGCAGAAACAGGAAACACUGGGACGACUCCAACACCGGCGGGGGCAGUACAACCUCCAACAGCAUCAGGCUCCAUUUCUCAAGCAACAAGCACUGCUUCAUCGAUACCUAGCAAGGGUAAAAGAAGCAGAGCCGGCUUCCAUAUUCAGAUGCCUACCCCAUCCAAUACGUUUAAUCCUUUAUCAGCAUUGACUAACGAGCAGUUUGAACAAGGUGGUCAAGAUGAAAAUAUUAACCAGUUUGGUAUCAAUCCAUCUCAAGUCGGACAUGUUCCUUUGACUAUGACACCCGUGACUGAAAAGGAGCAUCCAUUUAUUCACGGAGAACAGGAAAUUGACAAGGAAAAUGAGCAAGCCAAGGAUAAAACAGAGACCUCUGGUCUUAGACAAAUGUCGAUUGCUCCACCCAAAAAACCAUCUCUUUCUGGCUCAUCAACUAACACCACUCCUGUUUCAUCCAAUCAGAAUUUGACGGGAGCGAAUUUGUUCUUACCUAGAAGCAGUGUUUCUUCAGUAUCAUCUAUUGCACCCUCUGCAGCAGCACUGUCUACCAACUUGCAAGGUACAAAGUUUCCUGUGAUUCCUCAGAUUAACGGGGACUUUUUCAUCGAUUCAACCCCCAAACUGAAAUUGGUCAACGAAUUGGACAUGAUGAUUAGGUUAUUCAACCAGGGACUCGACUCUUUAGAGGAGAACCUCUGA